UCCCACCCCCUCCUCCCCUCUCCUCCCCUCUUUCCCGGCUCAAACCAUGUUCCAGCCGUCUGGGAAGCGCUGCUUCACCAUCGAGUCCCUGGUGGGCAAGGACACCCACCUCAGCCCCGAGGAGCCCCCGCGUCCCUCAGCCCUCGGAUACCCCCCACCCGCAGCCCCCGACCCCGCUGCCUUCGCUCCGGGCUUCCAGGGCUCCGGGGCUGCCGGACGGGCUCUGUACGGCAGCGCCGAGCUCGUUUUCCCGGAGGCUGUGGGGCACCCGGCGCUGCCCGUGGGGCCCCAUCAGCUCGGGGGUUCCGCUCUGCCUCACCCCCAUUCCUUCUUCGGGCCGCAACACCGCGAUCCCCUCAACUUCUACCCCUGGGUGCUGCGGAAUCGCUUCUUCGGGCACCGCUUCCAAGGGAGUGAGGUGUCCCAGGAGAGCCUUCUCCUCCACGGCCCCUUCGCCCGGAAACCCAAGCGCAUCCGCACCGCCUUCUCGCCGUCGCAGCUCCUGCGCCUGGAAAGGGCCUUCGAGAAGAACCACUACGUGGUGGGCGCCGAGCGCAAGCAGCUGGCCAGCAGCCUCAGCCUCUCCGAGACCCAGGUGAAAGUGUGGUUCCAGAACAGGCGGACGAAAUACAAACGGCAGAAGCUGGAGGAGGAAGGCCCCGACUCGGAUCAGAAGAAGAAAGGUUCCCACCACAUCAACCGAUGGCGCCUCGCCACCAAGCAGUCGAGCGGAGAAGACAUCGACGUCACCUCCAACGACUAAGGCAGGGACAAGCUCCUGGUGCAGCCACCAUGGAGAGGAACCCGGGGAAGGACGGGGGGACACGGCUGGCGUCACCAUACGAACUCUAGGGACAUCGCCGAAGCCACCGCCACCCGCUGCCUUUCCUCCGGGGCGCCCGACCUGACCGGGGACCCAAACCCCGUCCCCCCCUACCGCCCGAGGUGUCCUUUGGAGGUGCUUUUCGGGAAGCUCCCGUCGCUGAGCUGAGGAGGAAGAAGAGGCUGCCAGGGUGCCCGUGGCCCCGGGGACGCGACCGCGCAUCCUCCUCUGCGCUGGAAGCCGUCCGGCAGCCAUGAGAUCAAAUAAACACGUCCUACCUAGAAGCUCAAUGUACCCGACACCCCUU